AUGGAGUAUCGUUUGCUGGGAAGAUCGGGUCUACAAGUUUCAGCAAUAUCUUUGGGGGGGUGGGUGACUUACGGUGGUGCUGUUGGUGACGAUAUUGCCUUUGACUGUAUGAAGGCGGCCUUCGAUGCAGGAAUUAACUUCUUCGACUGUGCUGAAGGGUAUGCCGAAGGCAAGUCGGAGAUUGUCAUGGGCAAAGCUAUCAAAAAAUUCGGCUGGAAACGAAACGAUCUUGUCAUAUCCACUAAGAUCUACUGGGGCGGCGCUUUUGGGGACAAUCCAGUGAAUAAUGGAGGACUCUCUCGAAAGCAUAUAAUCGAAGGCACGGAAGCGUCCCUUAGAAGGCUGCAGUUGGACUACGUCGACUUGAUCUACUGCCAUCGCCCUGACCGAAAGACCCCCAUCGAAGAGACUGUCCGCGCCAUGAACUAUCUCAUCAACACUGGCAAAGCAUUUUACUGGGGUACCUCUGAAUGGAACAGUGAGGAGAUUGCCAUGGCCUGGGCUUGUGCAGAGAGGCUGAACCUCAUCGGACCUGUAAUGGAGCAGCCACAAUACAAUAUGCUAGCUCGAGACAAGGUGGAAAGAGAGUUUUCUCUCUUAUACGAAAACUAUGGCCUGGGUUUGACCAUAUUCAGUCCCCUCAAGACUGGGAUCCUCAGUGGCAAGUACAAUGAUGGCAUUCCGGAAGACAGCAGGAUUGCCAAAGCUUCAGAAGGCUACACCACCAGCCAAAGGGAAAGCUAUGGAAACGAAGAAUGGAAGAAGACACUGGUCCAGGUGAGGCAGUUGAAGCCCGUUGCUGACAAGCUUGGGGUUGAUCAAGCAACACUAGCGUUGGCGUGGGUCCUCAAGAAUCCUCGAGUCAGCUCAGCAAUUACUGGCGCCUCGAAGGUUGAACAGGUAUACAAGUCAGUCAAAGCAUUGGACCUCGUGCCCAGGCUAAAUGACGAUGUAAUGGCCGAGAUCGACGACGUUCUUGGGAACAAGCCGACCCCUCUGUACAGAAGGUUGUAG